AUAGGAAAACAACCAAACGGUAGGUCUAAUUUCACACAGUUUCACCAAUCGUCGAUAGCCAACAUGCCUUAUUCAUUGAGCAGCGCCGCCACUUCCCGUCUCCUCUCCUCCCGUUCCGCCGCCGCUGUCUCUAAGCUUGCUUUCGCUUCUGCUUCUGCUUCCCUUUCAUUUUCUUUCUCUACUUCUUCUUUCAAAUGUCUCAGAUCCUCUCCGCUCAUUCACCAGAAGAGAUGCUUGGUGAAUGCGACGAACCGACAGUUUAACACAUCAGCGUCGCCGAAAUGUGCGGCUUCGGAUCCUGCUCAAUUGAAAAGUGCUAGAGAAGAUAUCAAGGAGCUUCUGAAAACCAAGUUUUGCCAUCCUAUUUUGGUUCGUCUUGGUUGGCAUGAUGCGGGUACUUAUAACAAGAACAUUGAGGAGUGGCCUCAAAGGGGUGGAGCUAAUGGAAGUCUUAGAUUUGAAGUUGAGCUUAAACAUGGAGCUAAUGCUGGCCUUGUGAACGCAUUGCAGCUGAUUCAACCCAUAAAGGACAAAUACUCUGGUGUCACCUAUGCAGACUUAUUCCAGUUGGCCAGUGCUACUGCUAUAGAGGAAGCCGGGGGCCCCAAAUUACGCAUGAAAUACGGAAGAAUAGAUGUCUCUGGACCUGAGCAGUGCCCUGAAGAAGGAAGGCUUCCUGAUGCUGGCCCUCCCUCACCAGCUGAACAUUUGCGAAGUGUUUUCUACAGAAUGGGAUUAAAUGAUCAGGAAAUAGUUGUUUUAUCAGGUGCACAUACCCUGGGAAGGUCUAGACCUGAACGGAGUGGUUGGGGAAAAUCAGAAACAAAGUAUACGAAAGAUGGACCCGGAGCUCCUGGAGGGCAGUCCUGGACGGUUAAAUGGUUGAAAUUUGAUAAUUCCUACUUCAAGGAUAUUAAAGAGAAAAUGGAUGAAGAUCUUCUUGUGUUGCCUACCGAUGCUGUCAUUUUUGAAGAUCCUUCAUUCAAGGUAUAUGCUGAGAAAUAUGCUGAAGAUCAGGAAGCAUUUUUCAAAGAUUAUGCUGAAGCCCAUGCCAAACUCAGCAACCUUGGUGCCAAAUUUGAUCCUCCUGAGGGUAUCGUGAUAGAUGAUACAGAGAAGUUCGUAGCUGCCAAGUAUUCUUCUGGGAAGGAUUUAAAAAACAAGUAUCUUGGUUUCUUUUGCGGUAUCUAUAAAUAACACAGGAACCGAACUCCCAACUAAAACUUGGAAGUCUAAAUGAAGUAGAAAGAAUAAAAUUCAAUUAGUGUAAUUGCAGACAGAGCUGCCAGAUGCUAUGAAUCUGAAGAUUCGGCAGGGUAUGAAGCGGCUGGUGGAAGCCCAGAUAAGCCUUUAAAGUCAAACUAUUUCCCAAAUAUCAUGAUUCAUGGUUGUGAUUGCUGUUUUAGCAUCUGUUACAUCUCUUGCUGUUUUAGCGUCUGUCUUUUGACUGCACAAAUUCUUUUGGUCGGUACUCCCUCCGCUUUCUGGUUUGAAUGGGAAUACAAUGUGGCAGUUCAUAUCAUGUUUAUUAGUACCGAUAUUUCCCCGAUAAAUCUUACUAUGUUGGUGGAAAAUGAUACAUAUUUUUGGGUGAAUCGGAAAUUGUUACGAUA